AUGCAAAUAUAUAGCAUAGGACUGUAUUUAGGGUUUACUAUCUUAGCAGGAGCUAUUGGCUAUUAUAUAGUGUAAAAUAUUAUGGUAAAUGAUUAUGAAAUUAAGAAUGUCAAAGCCUCUCUAAUAUUUAGUCUCGUAUUUGCACUCUCCUGCGAUGGUUUUAUGUUAUUAAUUUUUGAAGCUCUUGGAAUUGGAUUAGCAGAAACUAGGCUAUCGUUUUGGAUAUUUACGCUUGGAUUACUAGUUUAUUUUAGCAUUUUAGUAAUCCCUGCAAUUUUAAUUUAUAAAACUGUUAGGAAAAUAUCUUAAAGAAAAUCAUUGAAAGUAGUAUGUGCUAUUAUUUUGAGUGUCAUGUACCUGUGCUUUAUGCUGAAAUUAAUUUCCAAGAAAAUCAUGGAUAAACAAAUUGAAUAAGGUGGAGAACCUGUUUAAGUUACUUAUAUUUAAGCUUUUUAUAUAUUUGCCACUCACUUAUUUGAAAUAGGAGUGUAAAUAGAGUUAAUAACCAUGAUUGGAACUUACAUAAUAGCUAUUCUUUCUGGAGUAGGUUGUGUAAAUUGUCCAUUUAAUCAGUUUAACUUUGUCUAUUAAAAAUUGGAUGACCUCAUGAUAUUAAGGACUAAGUCAGAAACUAAUUUAAAAUUCUUAAACAAGCAAAUCACUAAAAACAAAGUAGAAUUAAUAGAUUUAAAUAAUAAAAUGAGACUUCACAUCGAAAAUGAGCCAAAAUAAAAGAAAAACUUAUUCUAGAAAAUCUCGAGCUUUUUCAAACCACAGAGAGAAGAGUUAGCAAAAAGUGACAUAGCAAACAAAAUGGAUGAUAAACAAAAGGAAAUUGAAUUUAUAGAAGAACAAAAAAGCUAAUCCUUUUACAAUUACUGUGAAAUAUCAACAGAAAUAAAAAGGCAUUAGUACUCAAAGACAAUAAAAGGAAAAUUCUACAAAUAUCUUAGCUUCAUUAUGGGUGUUUAUUGCAUAUAUAAGAUCUUAAUUAGCAUCUACAAUUAUAUUGUUGGUAGAAAGAAAUCUAUUGACCCCAUAAAUAGGAUACUUAAAAUUAUAUUGCCUUGGUUUGGUAUUAAAAUAAUUGAUGCUGAUUAUGACAUGGCUAUGAAUUAUCUUUCUUUUGGUUUUUUAGGCUAUUUGAUGAUCACAAAUGUUACAGCAUUUUGCAUGAAUUUAGUUGCCUUUUUAAAUAUUUGCAUGGGUCACCUUUAAAAAAAGAGUAUAUCAACUGAUUUUAUAGUAUAUUUUCUAGCUGAAGUCUUUGGAGUAUAUUUUAUUUCAACACUAGUCCUCGUUUAAAAUAGUGUUGCAGAUUAAUUCUUAUAAAACUUAAAGAAAAUUACAGGAGAUUUCAACUUAUUUACACACUAUAAAGUAUUUGAUCUUAUAUUUAUUAUUAGCUCCUUGGGAUAGAUAGCUCUUAUUAGUAUAGUGACAUAUAACAAAAAUAAAUAGAUGAACUAAUUGAAAUGUGAAGGUUUUGAUAAAUAAGAUUGA